AUGCCACGACUGAGACGGUCUGUUCAGAAGAUUGACGGCUUGCAAACUGGGCCCAUCGAUUCGGAAGAACAGGAUGAGCUUGUGGACCUGUUGAAGCUCGAGAACUACCAAACCAAUUGGCAAUUCAUCAACAUCUUGACAGUCCUGUACCUGUUCCCGAUACCUCUAUUCAUCCAUCUCAGGUACUACAGGAGGCUACCUGUUGAUAGCUUCCUCUCCAUCGUGGUACAGAUCUUCUCCGUCGUUGGUGUAAGGUACCUAUCAUUCUUCCCCACCGAGGGCGGUUUCGUACUGAAGCAGCUGACGAAGCAUCUGGUCUUUGACACCUUCAUGAACAUCAUCGCCGUUGUUGUUCUAUGGAGACAAUUGGACUUGAUAUUGGAUUUUGCAGUUGAAUGGUAG